AUGGGGACGAGGCAGCCGAAGGAAAACAGCUCCAACAAACCGGAGCUAAAGGCCAAGGGGAAGAAAAACUUGGAGACGUUGAAGGAGAAGAACAUGGAGGAAAACUUGAGGAGGAUUAAGGAAGCAGAGACAGCAGCUGAGAGCUCUGAAGAUUCUCCUUUUGAUUCUGGAUCGGAAGACGAUGAGGACGAGAGUUUAUCUGAAGAAGGUGGCUCAUCAAGUGAAUCUGGAUCCGAGCAAAGUAACUUCUCUGAGGAUGAGGAGUUUUUGUUUUUCUCUUCUUCUUCGUCAUUGCAGGAUAUCUUUCAAUCAGGUGAUGAUGAUGAGCCCGGAGGCGCUAGUGAUGAUGUGGAACAUUCACGUGGAGAUGGUCAUACUGGAGAUGGCAAUGAAAGUAAAAGUGAUGAUUCUCGCGAAGUAGUUGAGGAGAGUGAUUCCUCUGAAGACGAGGUCGCACCACGUAACACCGUUGGAAAUGUUCCUCUCGAGUGGUACAAGGAUGAGGAGCAUAUCGGAUAUGAUUUAGCUGGGAAGAAGAUUAAGAAGAAAGAAAGACAGAGCAUGCUGGAUUUUCAUCUUGCAAGGGCUGAUGAUUCAAAGAGUUGGCGUAAGAUUUAUGAUGAGUAUAAUGAUGAGGAAGUAGAGUUGACCAAAGAAGAGACCAAAAUGAUUAGCAGAGUACUGAAAGGAAAGGCGCCUCAUGCUGAUUUUGAUCCAUAUGCUCCCUUUGUUGAUUGGUUCGUGUGGGAUGGAGCUGGACAACCACUUUCCGGUGCACCAGAACCGAAGAGGCGUUUCGUUCCCUCAAAGUGGGAGAGUAAAAAGGUAAUCCGGUAUAUCCGAGCUAUCAGGGAGGGUCGGAUUAAACUUGACGAUAAGCCUAAGGAGGAGCAUAAAUUGUACUCAUUGUGGGACGAUUCAAGCUCUGUGGAAAGACAGGGAUUGGCAUAUAUUGCUGCACCAAAGCCUAAAUUGCCAGGUCAUGAAGAGUCUUAUAAUCCUUCUCCAGAAUACAUCCCAACACAAGAAGAAAUAAACUCGUACCAGCUCAUGUUUGAGGAAGACCGCCCUAAGUUUAUCCCGAAACAGUUCACCUCCUUGAGAAGUGUUCCCGCAUAUGAGAAAGCUGUCCAAGAAACUUUUGAUCGUUGUUUGGAUCUCUAUCUAUGCCCACGAGUUCGAAAGAAACGUAUUAAUAUUGAUCCUGAGUCAUUGAAACCGAAGCUCCCGAGCCGCAGAGAUCUUAAACCAUAUCCCACGACUUGUUAUCUCGAGUACAAAGGCCAUAGGGGCCCAGUAACGACCAUUUCUACAGAACCCACAGGCCAGUGGAUCGCAUCUGGUUCUAAGGAUGGAACUGUUCGCAUUUGGGAAGUUGAAACGGGUAGGUGUCUACAGACGUGGGACUUGGGAGAAAAUAUUGAGCAAGUUGCAUGGAAUCCUCUCCCCGAGCUGCCUAUUUUAGCUGUAGCAGCGGGCCAAGACGUGUUUAUUUUGAAUACUGGAUGUGGAGCAGAUGAACAAGAGAAAAGGAUUGAGGAUCUUCUACAUGUUGGGGCCCAACAGUCAAUGGAAGAAUCUGGUAUUAGUUCAUCAGUUGUCGACUGGGGCCGGGAUGACAGGCAUGGUGGAAUCAGGUUGAAGCAUUUUAAGACUGUCACGAAAGUGGAAUGGCACCCUUUUCAUCCUAGCCGUUCCAUAUUCUUUACUGCAUCAAAGAAGGACGUUCGCGUCUAUGACUUACUAAAGCAAAAGCUCAUUAAAAAGCUUGAUGCUGGAGUCCGGGAAAUCUCUUCCAUAGCUAUACACCCUGGAGGUGAUAAUGCCAUUGUUGGAAGCAAAGAUGGAAAGUUGUGUUGGUUUGACAUGGACCUGUCAUCUCGGCCUUACAGAGUCCUCAGGUAUGCAAGACGAAUUAAUUAUCAUCAUUGUAAAAGUGCCUUUGAGAUUCCUUGGUCUUGA